UAGAUUUAGAUUAGGUCCGGUUUUAGGAACGUAUAAAAUCUGAAAUGAAGAUGAGCACAUCAUCACUUGGUCUUCAACCGUCUACCAAAAUGUUCAAGCUGUUCUGUCUUGCUCUCGUCCUCGGGUUGGCAGCCGCCGCACCCAAACCGAGCGUGAUCCAGCCGGUCGUCGCCUACUCGGCUCCUGCAGUGGCUGCCGUGAGCUACCCAUCAUACAGCGCCCCCGUAGCGUACUCUGCUCCAGUCUACUCCGCCUCAGUUGCCGCCCCCGUCCACUACUCUGCUUCAGUUGCUGCCCCCGUCCACUACUCUGCUUCAGUUGCCGCCCCCGUCCACUAUUCUGCUUCGGUGGCCGCGCCAGUUGCCUACUCUGCUCCAGUUGCCGCCCAAGUCGCCUACUCUGGCCCAGUUGCCGCCCCCGCCGUCGCCUACUCUGCUCCAGUUGCCGCUCAAGUCGCCUACUCUGCCCCAGCUUAUUACUCAAGCGGCUCCUCAUUCUUUUUGAAGAAGAAGUGA